GGGAAAAAUGCAAUAAUCGUAAGCGACCCGAAAACGGGCGAGAAAGGAAGACGGUGGCGAAACCGUCUGGUAAUCACGGGAGACGAGGAGAAGGAGGAGGAGGAGGAGGAGGAGAAGCAGAAGGAAGCGAGAGCGCGCGGCUGCGGGCGAGAAAUAGGUCGAAAGAAUCCUAAGGAGGAUUCAUUACAAUCUCCAUGAAGGCUGUCUGCCGCGUAAUCUUCAGUGGAUCACGGGAAAAAACACGAAACGAAAACGCGGGAUACAUAUUUUUCGAAGAAAUAAAAUAAUCGAAUCAAAUAAUAAGCAAUAAAUAGAUAAAAACUAUGUAAAUUUCCUUGAAAUCGUGAUUCCUUGGAGGAAAAGGAGAGAGAGAAAAUGGUGAAAGCCGACCGGGAACAAGUAAUCAGCCGGUUGUAUUAAGAAUCGUAAACACGGGGGCGGAGGAGGAAGACCGAGGCAAAGCGAAAGCUGAUUAAAAAGACACCGAAAGAGGAUAAAGACGGAAGUCCCAUCCUCCAAUCGGGCAGGAUUCGUUCAAACCUUUUGACGAGCAACGAAACCGUGCCGGUCAAUCGACAGGGAGCCGCAAAUUUACGAAUCCUUUACCGAGAAAAAAUCCGACAAAAAGUGCGGAAAGUUUUAACGUCGCGUGAGAAGCGAAAUUCGUUCAGGAAAAGAAGGAACGUCGUCGCGAAAUAAAAGGAAGCUGUAGCAGCGGGAACCACGUCGGUGGUGGUAAGCAGCAGCAGCAGUAGCAGUGUCGGUGGCAGCGGUGACGACGAGGACGACGACGACACAACGAGAACGACGAGGAGUCGACUACGACGACGACGUAGUGGUGGCGGCGGUGUGAUAGUGGUGGUGAUCAGGGAAGAAGAUGGAGAAGGAGGAAGGAGCAAGUAAGGGAGGAGGAUGGAGGGAGAGUAGGAGGUCUGGAGGAAGGAGGAGGCUGACUGAUCGGCAGAGUAGAGGAGAAAGAGCACGCCUGCGCGGAAUCCCCGGGCGGGCGCGGGCAGUGCCACUGGAGGCCCGGCGGUUUCAGAGCUUCGCCCGGGACGACGAACCGCAGACGACCCGUACGCAAAACUCGGUCGUAGUUAGCCGUGUUCGAAGGAUCGGUCGGCGAAAGGGGGCCGUAAUCGCGCGAGGACGUAAGCGACCCCCUUGGUGACCACGGGCCCGCGUCGUAAUCGUGAUAAGUUUCGAUCGUGGAAACCUCUCUCUCUCUUUCUCUCUCUCUGUCUCUCUGGGGGGAGACGUGACGGAUCGGAGAGUAGAGACACGUUGGUAAAACCACACCAACGUGUGCGGUGGACCGCACGACGACGACGAUAUAUAUAUAUUAUAUAUACACAUAGAGGAUAACAUGUAGAGAGGAUCGACGGUGCGACGAUUAAUUUUGGAGAUAAUUAUGUGAUCAGUGAGCGACGUCAUCUCGAGAGGAGAGGAGAACGAUCGGUGGUGUAAAUCCGUAAAAAGGGUAAAUUGUGCGCGAGAAAGAAGGGGGGAAAGGGGCGCCGACGAAGGGUGACGAAGUAUAUAUAUAUAUAUAUAUAUGAUACUAUGCACGAGGUGGUCUGGUAGCAGCGUCGAGCAGCGAGGAGGAUGAACAGAGUGACGACGGAGGGUUAGGAGUGUGAGAGAGGGUGGACCGGCGGGGGCUUGGUUGGUGUGCUGGUUGUUUUGAGAUGUCAGUGGACCCGUCGAAGGCAACUGCGUCGUCGUUCUCGUCGCCGUCGCCGUUACUGCGCUCGUCGUCAUCAUGAGGAGAUCCUCUUACGUGAAUUACUACGUCCUGUGCCUCGUGUGCUGGAUUCUCCUAGGCAUCACCGGGGUGAGCACAAGAUCCCAUUCGUUAGUGAAGAGGUUCGACGGGAUUUACACGGGGCCGUACUUCGACUCAAACACCCCCACGAACAUCACGGCUCAGCUGGGGAGCCAUGCUUACCUUCCGUGCAAAGUGCGACAGCUCGGUAAUAAAUCGGUGUCGUGGAUCCGAAGAAGGGACUCGCAUAUCCUCUCAGUAGAUAGAACCAUGUUUAUCCCGGACGAAAGGUUUCAAGCGCUUUUCGUAGAUGCGUCGGACACUUGGACCCUGCAGGUUAAGUACGUGCAGGCACGCGACGAAGGCGAGUACGAGUGCCAAAUCUCGACCGACCCGAAGAAGAGUCACAUCAUCAAGCUCAACAUCGUCGUGCCAAAGAUCGAGAUCAUAGGCGACCGCGACAUGUACGUGAAGACCGGAAGUACAGUUGCGAUACGAUGUGUGAUCAAGCAGUCCCUCGAGGGCCCUUUCUACGUUUUCUGGUACCACGAGGGUGAUCGCGUUCUGGACUACCAAUUGAAUAAGAUCGACAUCCAGACGAAGAGGAUCGAUCACGACACAGUCAGCAGUCUCCUGAUCCACAAAGCGAGGCGGGAAGAUUCGGGAAAUUAUACUUGCAGUCCGAGCAGUUUGGACAGCGCGAGCGUGCAACUUCACGUGUUAAAUGGGGAGCAUCCUGCGGCGAUUCAAAGAGGGAUCAGCUCGGCACCGGGUGGCUGUCCGACGUUAUGGUGGCUGGCAGGCGUCGUGACGCUUUAUUCGAGUCAUGGUAGCCGCCUGUUCGUCCUCGCCCUUCUGAUCCUCAUGGUCCUCUAUUCGAAGAAUCCAUCUUACUUCGCGCCGGAACGAUAAUCAGAAACGGGAGCUGGACUGUGUCGAAAGAUGAUCGAUUAUCUCCUGCUACGAGCCUCGAGGGAACGUUACAUCAAGAGGAGGCGAGGGAAAGUGCACGCGGAGGGCUUCUUCGGAAAAAAAGACUUCGUGGCAAAGUGGACGAUGAAGGGAGAGAGAAGUUGAACGAUGGAAAACCGCGAGAGAACAGCGCGACGAGAAGCUGCGUGUUCACGUUCGAAGAUAACCGAGAGAAAUAUCGAAAUCCUUCAUUCAACCGAAUAAAAUACAGCCGAAUUUCAUUAUCGAGUUCGUUUGUCGCAAAAAAAAGAAAAGAAAUGAUUUCGAAUAAGCGUUUAUGCGACUCAGUGAUUGAAUUUCGUCGAGAAAUUAAAUGUAUAUCCAGAAAGGAGAAAUCUUCACAACGAAGGAUCGAAGCUCCUGCUUUUCGAACGACUCGAUCCACUAUCAUUUAUAGGGAUCCGUGAACGACGUCGAUCGCGGGCGUCUCAACGACGAUUCUACUCUGUGAACGUGGUUAUAUAUAACGUGGAGAAAUUCAGGAUAACGCACGUUUCGUGUGUCGAGAUAGUAUGAUCCGGCCGUUAGCAAUUAGGGGUUAAUUAAUCUCGGGGGGAGAUUACCCGUGAUAUCGGCGCGAGUUCUUCACGCGGUCGAAAAGUGGUUACUACUAUGAUCGAGCGAUGGACAAAACGAAACGACACGAAGUUUGCGAAUACCCUCCCUCUAAUCCUCACCUUCAAAAGCGGGACAACAAGACGAAUUUUUUAUAGGAAUUAUACAUAUAAAAAUAUACGAUCUUCCAAUGUGUAUUUCAAACACGCGCGAUAUAGAACCUUUUAUACCCUCGUUACGCAUCCUCCAUCGUUCUAUAACGAAUCAUUCUAACUGAUCGCUGAAUCGUCAUACGAAAUCAUUGUACAUAUUUGCCUAUAUAAAAAGUAACACCGUCGUGUUAAAUGAUCGUGUAAAAAAGUCUUCGGUAAAUCCGAACGAAGGGGCGACUAAUAAGACGCGAAGUUCGAGAGGCGAGUUCCUCCCCUCCUUGUUCAUCAUCCAAAGAUCCGUUGUCAAAGGUGUUUCGCGAUCUUCGUGUCUUUCUCGAGGGAAGCCAAACAGUAACGAAGUCUUCGAUCGGUGAGAUUCUGUCGGGGACAUCGGGAGGGUUUCGUAGUUUAUUUCGCAUCGAGAUUAAGUCGGUGACGAGCGCGUGUGACUCUGCCAGAAGAAAAAUGGAAAUGGGGUUGGGAGUAGGUCGAGGAGUGUCGAGGAGAAAUGGAGAGGGGUCGAGAGAGCGGCUGAAAGAAUAUACAAGGUGUAAGAUAAUCGCGGGAUGCCGACAGAACUUCGUCCGCGCCGUUUUCGAUAGAAUUGAAACUUGUUCGAUGAAGUUUUGAAAGCGAUGUGAUUAAUUAUAUUCGACUAGAGUGACGAUUAGCGAAAUGUGUCUAUACUCGACCGUGUACCGUGUACAUUCGAGGAUUGUCUCGAGAAAGAGAUGUAUCUCGACGAUCGUCUCUGAUAGACGAUACGUUGAAAUCAUCCAAUGGCAUAAAGUGCGUGUGAAUGAAUAAUUUCCUUCGUUUUUCCGAAUCUUUUCAUCAAGUCACGAGAACAAAUAUCGAACAAAUGCAAUUACCAUAAAUGUAUGAAGCUAUAUUGCAUAAUCUGAUACAAGGCAAUAAAACAAAAUAUCAUAAUUGUUGACUAACAAUCGAGAUUAAAUGAGAUUUAUAGUCGUAAAUGAAAAGGAAUUAGAAUAUUAGAAUUUCAAAGUAUAAUAAUUAGAUUACGAAUUUUUAUAUAAAUGAAAUCAUAUUUUUUACAAGUGAUGUAAAAAUAUUUGGCUAGAGUAAACGAACAAUUGUUAUGUAAUUUAUCUUAAAAUCCGAUUAAAAGCGUAUUAUAAUUAAGAAAAUUUUGAAUUAUUAUAACUAAAAAUAUUAGUUAAGUAUUUAAAUACAUUUUAGUAUAAAAAUCCGUAAUAUUGUUUUGUUUUUUAAGCCUACAAGUUAAGCUCAAUGAAAAUUUCUUCUUAUAGUUAUGUAAAUAAUCAAUAAGAAUUUAAUUUUAAAAAUUAAUUAUAAUAUUAUCUAUAUCUUUACUAUCUUAUACUGUUAUCUUGAUUAUAGAAAAUAUUAAGGUUAAGAUCACUUUUAUUAAAGAACCACUUAUAUAAUAACAAGAUUCAUUCUUCUUCAUAUUAUAUUUUCUAUAUAGUUCCUGAAUAUUUUCAAAUGAAAAUUGAAAAAUCUAUAAGACGACUGAAAUAAGUUUAUCUUUUAUGAUAUAAAAUGUCACUGCCUAUAUAAUUCAAAAGUAUUCUAUCUCGAAAAUAUGUUCGACGAGAUUGGUUUUAUUAUUAAUAUUUCGAUUAUUUAUAACAGAAAAAAUCGAAUAAAAAAGAGCAUAAAUGAAACGUACCGAUUGCCUCGAGACGAUUUACGAUGAUAAAUUUUGGUACUUAAAGUGCAUUGAGUAUAGACACGAGCCAAUAAAAUGUUAUAUAUCCGUGCAUGCGUCAAGUUUCGUAACGGAAUGGGUCAUAUAUAAAAAAAGAAAAACAGAAAAAAAUCACCAAUUAUUAUCGAACGAUGAAACGAUGACAUAAAAAUUAUUGACAUGCGAUAUUCAAGAAUAUCUAUAUAGAUAUUUGUUUUAUUUUAUUGAUUCAUAAAAUUUUCUAUGAAUAUUAAACAAUUUUCCAUCAAUUUUGAUCGAUAAAGUUAUAUAUUAUUAUUAUGAAAAUAUGCGAAAAAUCAUAAUUUAUAAAUUUUCACUUACUUGUGUCAUUUUUCAUACUUCAUCAGCAAUCACACGAUGAUACGACGAAAGAUAAAACGAUAAAUAGAUAAUAGAACAAUAAUUGAUUGGAACAAGUUCAAAAAAAGAUCAUUAUGAUCAAUUUUGAAAGACCCAGACUGUUUUCUCAUUCUGCAUGUUCGGCUGUAUAGACAUACGGACGAACAGCUUUUUGGAUUGCCUAAGGCAUCCUGUUUUGCUUUCUUCUCACAAGCGAUAGAAGAUACUGUUUUUUAUAUUAUAUAUAAAUAUAUAUAUAAAUAUAUAUAUACAAACGAACAGAUAAAUAUAUAUAUGUAUAUGUGUGUACGCGCGCGAAUACGUUGCACAAUGGUGUUAAAAUAUUGAACAAGUUUCAGUUCGAAUGAAAGAAAAAGCGGCGCAAUAAAUAACACGGUGAAAAUAACGAGAAGAUAUAACACAAGGUUAAAAAUUAAGAGAGAAAAGUAUUUAAUGAAAUAUAGACGUGAGAAUAUAAUGGCAAAUAAUUGUGAAUAACAACUAUGAAAAAAUUGGAAGAAAAAUAGAGGUUAAGUGAAGAGAUUGGGGAGGGGAAAAUGGAACUGGGAAAGAAAAUUAGUCGAACGAGGCGAACGAUACAUUAGAAUAUCUACGAUUCAUGUGAUUGUAAAUAUAUAGUAUAUAAAUAACGUAACGUUAAUUAACGAUAUGCCGUACGUGUUACACUAAAGAAACAAACAAGAAAAAAAAUAAAUAACGUUACUGUGUAAUUUUUCGGAUCGUAAACGCAUUCGAAUGGGUCUGGCCGCCCGUGCUAACCGGCUUGAAAUUGUGUUCGAAACAACUGGUUUCGAGAAUUCGAGAUCGAGAAUACUCGUAUCAUUUGAUUCGUUCAAAUCAUUAGUCACUCUAUCGCAAACUUCUGUACAUUCCUUUGAUCGAUAAAUAACGUACAUAUUUAACUACAUUUUUCUUGAAUUCAAUCGAAUCUAUUAUGAGAGAUUCUCGAUAUGCGAAAACGUUUGCAAGGACAAACACGGCAAGAGAGAACGAAAAUAAAGUGAAAAAAAAUAAAAAAAUUAAAAGUGCGAGAAAAAACAAAAAAGAUUAGAAGAGAAAUAAAAGGCAGCACUGUCGCGUAUUUCUGGCACAUCGAUGCAUCGAGCAACAAAAAGAAACGCAGCUAUGUUCAGUGCGUUUCUGGAUAGCACGGGCCGGCCACACGCGAUUAGAUGUAACACUAAUUAACGCCUAGCGUAAGAACGGAAUAUAAAUGAAGGAUUAUAUUGUCUGAUAUAAUGUAACCAGGUAUGGACGUACACGCGUAUACGUGAAUUUUUCGCGGCAAUCAGUGAUUGUGUGUGCAUGAAACUACACGCGUGUGAAACUCUAUGUGUGCGAACAGACGAAUGAUAUUGAAGAGAAGAGAGAAAAAAAGAAUGUAUGCUUGUAUGCGACACUCGAAAAAAGAACGAAAGAAAAUGAAAGAAAGGGAGAGAAAGAGAGAAAGUGCGAAAGAAAAAUAGAGAAAAAGUGUGAAAGGGUAAGUAAAAAAAAAAAAGAAACACAUACGCGAAAAAUAAAAAAAAAAAGUUGUUCGUUGGACUGACGUGAUAAGGCGUUGGUCGAAUGACGCAUCUUAAGAUAAAAAAGGGACGACCGGGAACAAUCUUCUUGUACCGUUUCUUCCCUUUCUUCUUCCCGUGCCUCGCGAGGCUACUUGUAACGAAACAUAAAAAGAAAGGGCUAAAGAUAGGGCAUCUCGAGGCUACAAUUAAAGCUUACCUGUUUACUGUACCCUUUCUUGUUACAACAACUGAAGCCUCACCUCGCCAGGUGGAAGAAGAAAGUUGUAAUUUUCGCGCUCGUCCUCGUCGCCUCUUUAUUAUGACAGAUAACAAAGAGGAGACGAGAGAAAAGGUUAAGAUGGCAAUGAUGAUGGUGAUGAUGGUUAUAAUAAUGAUGAUUUAAAUAAAAAACGUCGUCUAAGGUAUACUAAUGUCGUAGGCAGCAUUGAAUUUUUGUACCAUUGUCUAUAGUAGCUCUUAAGUGUCGCGAAUUUUUUUGUUCUUAAGAUGCCAGCCUUUGCAGGCUUGAGUGCGUAUAUAACUUAUGUAUUCUCGGUUUUGUCGAUUGCUCGCGGGGCAGAUAUUGAUUUUAGAUGAUAUUAUGAGAUUGAUUCGAUUAUUUUUCGAUCAAAUUGCACCGUAGUACAUUUAUAAUUUUUUUUCCUUUAUUUCAAAUUUACGAUAUUCCAUGUAAAUAUAUAAUAAUGUUUAAAAUUUUACUUAAAGUAAGUAAUAUUUUUUGAUAUAUUUCUGUCAAAUCUAUCUUUGAUAUCAGAAACCAUCUAUAUCAAAUCAGCCCCAGCGAAAAAUACGUACCCGUUCCCGAGAGUCGCGGUACGCGAAUAUCGAAAGAUCCUUUUUCGUGUGAUGAUUGACCGUCCUGACAGUUCGUCGAUGUGCUCUUAUGCGUAGAUACUCGAAGUUAGUUUUUUCGAUAGUAGAUAAUACGAAUAAGAGAUGGUGAUGAGAUUCCGAUUGAAAAUAAAUUAGAAUUAACGAUCUAGCAAUCAGUUUUAUGACUGAAGUUGCGAAUUCGAUUAUUUAAAAAAAAAAAAAAUAUUAAAAAUGAAGUUAUUAGUGCGUUAUACGAUGAAAGUCGUGAUCGAUAGUGGAAACUGGAUCGCAGAUAAGACAAUUUCAUAAAGAAAUAAAUUUUGUCAAAAGAAUAUUGUAUAUUGGUGCGGUGAAAUUUAUCUCUGCGAAAUAAUAGAUGGAUGUUGAUUCCGUGAUAUUGAUUGCGUAUGUAUAAUUAUUGUGAUUUUAACCCUCUACCGCUUAUUACUAUUAAAAUAUUAUACUUAUUUACGACGAUAUUAUUGUAUCUUGUAAAUAAUUUUAAAAAAAGCAAAAUGGUGUAAAUGAAUUUGAUACAAGCGUAUAAUUCGAUAUUUAUGUAAUAUUUAAAUAAUUAUUUAUUUGAUUAAUUAUUUUUGCUUCGUUUGUACAAUUUUAUUUUUUUUUUUUUUUAUCUUAACACACACAAAUACAUUUUUUUUUAGAUAAAGCUAUCAUUAUAUCUAAAUGAAUAUAUUGUCAUUGUUUCAUUUUAUAUUCUAUUGUGCUUGUUUUUUUAUUAAUAAUUGAUUUCGUAUGUAAAUCCGAUUGAUACGUAGAAAUUAAUUUUUUGCUGUAGAGGGUUAGAAAUAAAUAAAAAAUACACAGUCGUCGAUCGAAACCCUCGGGACGGAGAAGAUUUCAUCAAUUCCUCAUUAUCGACGAUAUUAAUAUACGUCUCGUCGCGCUUAUCUUCUUGCAAAAAAUAAAUAGAAAGCCAUAUUGAGGCUCCUGACACUUUAACAAUAUCCACGGUUCUUCGUUCUAUGAAAAUAUGAACGAAGAUAUAAUAUUGAUAUUUAAAAAUACUUGGAAAAUAAUAGAAUGAUUUCCGUUCGAUGUGAAAUUUCAGGAGUCUCGAUCGAGACAGGAGAAAAUCGAUCCAUCGUGAACAUGUUCAGUUUUCAGAGACAACUUCUCAACGAUAGUUACGUUUCCAAUGCGCGACAGAUCACACGUAGCAAUGGGUCUAAUUAAUCAUUAACGCGUGCCGUUUGCCAGUUCGAACGUUCGACGAAGCUAAUAACAAGCAUUUUAAAUCACACGCAACGUACAAUCGAUUCAAAAGAACAAAACGAUCGAAGAGAAAAAGAGGUUAGGGAUCAAUGGAAAGGAAAAUGGAUAAGGAAAGCAUUUGUCGAGCGCCCGAAUAAGCGAACAUCGAUUUAAAAAUUAACGUAAAUAAAUUAAACGAAAUUUUGAAAAAAUAAUAACCCUCGAAGCAAGCCUCGUCUCGCAGAUUCUAUAAUGUACACUUUUGAGUGCUUAGAGUAAAUCGGAAUAGACUUUAACGAAUCCGUGAGAUGAUGCCGAGGAAAUACAAUUGCGUGGAUGGACGGAGGAUGAGAAACGAGCGGGAGUACGGACGCGUAGAUGAAAUGUAUGUGUGAAAAGGAUAAAGAAAGAAAGGUAAGAAGAGAAAAUGAUCGGUCUGAAAGUGAGAGGAAGAAAGAGAGAAAGAAAGAGAAAGAUAAUAAAUCAAUGUUAAACCGAUCAUUACCGAUUUACAAUUUUGAAAGACACAUCUUCGUUAUUCGCCAUUUCUCUGCAUAAGUUCAAACUCGGUUUCAAAUGCUGGACGCUGCCCUCCUAAGGGCAUAAAUCGCAACUGAAUCGACCGAUGCUUUGUGUGGAUUUCUCUGUUUUGUAAAAGAUUAAAAGAGAAUUAAUGAAUUAUUAAAAAUAAUCGAAUGCACAGGACAUUUUUAAUGCAUUGGAAAGUACCAGAUGCGAGCGUUUAUCAUCACAAUGGGGCAUCGUCCACAUCAAAAUGUACAUUACACACGAAGUUUCAGCGUUUACGUUUUUUUUUUCAAGGUAUCGUGACAACAGGGACGAGGAGAACUGUCCCGUUCUAUGUGUGUAAGAACCAUAAAGCUUAAUGAAGAACAUUAUACUAUGAAUUACGGGAUACUAAAUAAAAGUAAGCCAAACCGUUAA